CCAAAAACAGACUAGAGGACUCUUAUCCCCCGCGGAAAUGUUCAAAACAGAGAAACUAAGAGCUGUGGUCAAUGAACGACUGCAGGCGGCUGCCGAGGAAAUAUUCAACCUCUUUGAAGAAGCUGUAAGAGACUAUGAGAAGGAAGUGUUCUGUUCAAAGCAGGAGGUCGAGCAACAACGGCGAAGCCUGGCCGGGUGGAAAGUCCCUCUGCAGUUCUCCGUCCAGGAAGAUGGUGCUUGCUCUGAGCAGGAUCACCCUGAGAAGAAGACAGACCUGUGUGAGGAUGACCGAGAGCCCCGGAUUAAAGAAGAACAGGAGGUAGAACUGUGGUCGGCUCCAGUGUGUGAAAAGCAGGAGGAGGCUGACACCAAAGACGCCAUGUUUAAUAUAAUUUAUGUGGAGAAAGGUGAGGAUGGUGAGGAAGAUCACUCGCCCAGCUGCUCGGCUCGAACUGUUAAACAAAGCUGUGGCGCAUCAGAGCCGACCAGCGAGUGUCCAUCGAGUGAAAUAAGUGAUAAUGAACAGCAAGACAGUGUAAAACGUCACUCGGGUGUAAACAGUAGGAGAGUAGAGAAAUCUGGCGAAACAGUAGAAAAACCUUACACCUGCAGCGUUUGCAGCAAGAAUUUCAGGAAUAAAUCCAUUCUGACUCGUCACAUGAAAACGCACAGGGGAGAGAAACCCCACAGUUGCAGCGUGUGUGGCAAACGCUUCAUCCAGCGCUCAUAUUUACAGACUCACAUGAACUCACACUCUGGACAGAAGCCGCACACGUGUAGCGUCUGCGGCAAGGGAUUCACUCAGGUGGGAAACAUGAACGCCCACAUGCGUAUCCACACAGGAGAGAAGCCUCACAGCUGUAACGACUGUGGUAAAAAAUUUAGAGAGAAAGCCGACCUUAUCAAGCACAUGGUAAUUCACACAGGUGAGAAACCCUACGGUUGCACCCUGUGCCAUAUUAAAUUCAGUGCCCACUCGAAUCUGACUCGCCACAUGAAGACUCACUCAGGCGAGAGGCCGUACAGUUGCACGGAUUGUGGGAAAAGAUUCAUCCGACGCUCCCAUCUAAUUAUUCAUACGAACACUCACACAGGAAAGAAUAUCUAGACUUCAGAAAUUACUUGCUCUUUUAUAUUUUUCUUAAAUGAAAAAGAUGAAACACAAAUGUCAUACUGAAAAGUUUCUUUGUGCUAUUGUGGAAGAAGACAUGAAGAAAGUUGUAAUACUGUAGGUGAUUUGGUAAUGCUUCAGUUGCACGAGUCCAAAGACCGGCAGUGACCUCUACCAACCACCGCUGGUCAGUAAGCGAAAAUGCAUAUCCCUGAAAGGUUUGCAAGUGGUUGCUGGCUGUUGCCAAAUAAAAUUGGCGGCAAAGAGAUGCAUGGUGCUGCACUAAAAAUAACUUAGUUACUUUGGUCGCUAGAGGACCAAACCAGAAAUGGAAAACAUUCACUUUUAAAGCAAAAGUUGUGCCGUGCAGCUGCAGCCAACAUGUUUCAGUGUUCCAGUUUGCACUUUUAGAGUACUUGGUGACUGCUGUUGACUUUACAAACAAAACAACUGCAAUGUUUUAUGCUUUUAUUAUGUAAUAAUUAUGUUUUAUUCCAGGCUUUC